AGAGAGAGAGGUGUAGCUCAAACAGGUGUAUCCCAAACAGGUCGGGCUGCUCCUUCUUUUUUCUGAAGGGCAAACAUGAUGGCGUGUGCUUAAAACCCAACACGCAACCAAACUGAGGGGAUUUACAAUUUCCAUAACGACUGAGUUUUUACAACUGAAACAUUUUCUCGCCGAGGACGGGACUUUGGAAGGGAUCAAGGAUGGAGGCAUGAGUCCACCUCGGGGCUUCAUGCGUGUCUGCCGUUUAGGACACCCUUACCUGGACUGAUGAGCUUCAUUUCAGUGCUGAAAUUGUCCCAGCUUGUGCACAGUUAACAGUAGCCGCCAAGGAGAAUGACACCUCUGCCGACCGGACUGUCAGUGUGUAUCUGUGUCCUCUGCAUCUUUGUUCCAGGGCUGUGGGGUGACUUUGUGGACCUCUCUCAAGCUAAUCCCAUACUCUCCCGGGCUGAGGAGGAGACGGUCCUGGCCUGUCACUACCAGCCAACUGAUGAAACGGUGGUCCAGGUCACCUGGUACAAAGAGAAACCCGAUGCCACCAAGGAGCAGAUCAUCACUGCACACCACACUAACGGGCAGACUGCGUUUGGGACCUGGCAUCAACGUGUGCACUUUAAAAGCAACCAGCCCACCGUGGACUCGUCUCUGGUCAUCAAGAGCACAGAGGUCUCUGAUGAGGGGAAUUACCUCUGUCGCAUCAGCACCUUCCCAUCAGGCAACUUUGACAGAGAGAUGUCGCUCAUCGUGUGGACCGUUCCCAUCUCCUCCCUGGACCCCGUGAUUCUGGUGGAAGGACAGUCCUACCGACCGGCCGCUUCCUGUCGCUCAGUGGCGCGCCCGCCUCCCCGCCUCUCCUGGGACACCGACCUGAAUGGCCAAUCCGUCAAUCGCUCCUCCGACAACGGCGCUGUGUCCUCGUAUUACUCCCUGCACCCCCUCAGGAGCAUGAACGGCAAGAAACUGGACUGUCUGGUGUGGCAUCCGACUAUGGAAGCCCCACGCAGGCUCCGGAACAACCUGGUGGUGCACUUUCCUCCACACGCAGAGGUUUCUGGGUACAACGGAGACUGGUCCAUGGGUCUGGAGAACGCUGCCCUGAAGUGUGUGGGUGGAGGAAACCCCAAACCGAGUUUUACCUGGAUCAGAAUGGGGGGCGAGUUGCCAGAAGGUGUCGUCUCCCACCCUAACGGAUCCCUGGUUUUUGGACGACCCCUAAGCUUGUCACAUGGCGGCACCUACCAGUGUGUGGCAAAGAAUGACGUGGGAGAAAUGAAGGUGGAGGUGGCGAUCGAUGUGGCAGAAUCUUCCCAGAAGGAGAGCAAGGACGAAAACACGCUGAUGAUCAUCGUAGGCGGCGCAGCUGGGGGGCUUCUGAUCUUGAUGUUCAUUGUUGUCAUCUCCCUCACUUGUUAUCACAAACGCAAGAACAAGAAGCUGGAGAAGGAGCUCACUGUGAAGAAGGAGGAAAUAAGCACCCUCUCCAGACAGGCUUCUUUCAGGAGAGUGAACUCUACCAGCACAGAUGCCAGAGGAAUGACAGAGGAAAACAUCCCUCUGAGGGUGGAGGGAUUUGUAAGGUGCAGCCACUCUUCCAUCGGGGACCAGAACUACCGGGACAGCCGAUCCACCAUCUCAGGUGGACGGGGAGGAGGGCGGGCGUUGGAUGAACUGGGCAGGCCACCUCUAUACAGCUCGCAGAGGUGGAGGGACAGACCCAUGGACAGAGACGAGGACCGCAGACUCAGAGUGGAGUCAUUCGUGAGAACCAGCGCUCAGGAAACGCAUUUACACCCUCCCCUCACACCAACAUCCUUCUUAAUGGUACCGUCCACUGAGAAUGUAAGACAGCUCAACGGCAGCGCCAUUUUCCCGGCAGACGGGGGUUCACGGCCAGGAAGCGUCACCAAGAGUCACCAGCAGUCUCCUCUGAGCAGCAACUUCCCACCGGUAACAGACGACGAGGAUGAGGAAGAUGAAGGUUUGGGGAGUCCCGCCAGUCGGGAGCAUCCUGAUGACAGGGACAGCGAGACAAACAGCUCCCAGGUGUCCGAGGCUCUCAGCACACGCUACCGGCAGACUAAUGGCACACUCAGGCCUAAACCCCAGCAAAGCCACACGGUGCUCGGCCCCCAUGCCUCGCUGAUCCACAAGGCCCAGAUAGUUUAGCGGGCAGCUGCGAAAUGUCAUGUAAAACUGCAACACUGGCCAGCUGUGGUUAAAAAGCAGAUUCAGAGGUUUGACUUCAGCACCCAGACUGCGGCAUCUUCUUCAUUGUGUUGGGAACAUGGUGCAAUGGAAUCAAAUCUUAAAGGGAAGAACUCCGCUCUGAAGCCUCUCAUGGACAUUUCUGUGCCGCGUACGCCAGCAAAAACAAAGACAAUAUCACAGCGUUUAAUCGCGGACAAUAUUCCUUUCUCGUCUUUCGCAAUUUGCUAUGUAACGAACAGGCGAAUGCAGCUGUCAUACCUUUUGUGGGGUACGUCAAAAUGCACAGUAGGAAAUCAAGAAAUUCGGGAGAGUUGUUGGAGUCUGUGGGAAAGUUAGGAGAUCAGCAACGUACAUUGCAACACCUCGGUAAGGAGGGAGGAUCUGUGCAGAUGUUGAGUUCCAUGUGUCAGGAACUGGGCCUGUUUCAAGUUGCAUUACACAACACGGUUUGAGAUGUGAUCCAAACCAAGGGAUUGUUCCUGUCUCACCACACCGGCAACAGUACAUACCUGCACAUGCACUCCCCACGCCUUUGACUUUGAACUGAGACAUUUUGAUCAGAUAAAGGCUUCAUACAGACAUACACGACUAAUGUCUAAGGAUUUCUUUCUAAGGAUCUGUAAUUCUCUAGAAAUAUGCAAAUGAUGCUUUCAAAAAUGUUUUAAAAAUAAAUAAAGAGAACUCCAAUUAUUAAUAAAGUGAAUAUCAAGGCAUAAACAUAUGGCAGAUGAAUGAUCAAUCUUCCCUGUUCAGGCUGCUAUGCAACAGUGGUAUUUUUAACAUAUUAAACAUCCACACUCUAAAUAAAUAUAAUAUAUCUCUGUGUAUGCACACAUAUACAAUGGAUGAAAGCUGUUUGUACAUCUUUUUUUUAAUUGAUUGCGAGCGGCUGUUAGGAAUACAUCUGGACUUUAAGACCGGAUACCAUAGAGACAAAGUAAAGCACCCACAGUGUCUGUGUCUGUGUUGCAACUUUUCUUCUGCCAGCUGGAUAUGUUUUCCACGUGGAAGACACAAUGCCUUUCCAGGGAGAAUUGGACAUAAACCGGUACAGAUGUUGAGUAUUGUGGCAAAACCAAACAUGUAUUGUUAAUCUGUAGAUGAAUAAUAGUGGACAUGCUUUGUAUUGUGUUCUGUUACAGCCCCGACAUGGCAAGCAAAGUGCCAUCGGUUAAAAUAUGAAAAAUAUCACUUUUGCUUUUUUGGCAAAUAUGAAGUAUUAUUUCGUUCUCCGCACAUGUAUGAUGCCUUAUGUUGAACAGGAAUGUGACAUUUUGGCAAAGGCGAUGUACAGUAUAUAAUUUACUGAUAGAAACAGAUAAGUGGUGUUUUUGUGUGAAUGUUGGUUGUAUUUGCUGCAGACAGUGCCUCCUGAUGUUUACUGCUGGAAAGUGCAGGGACCUGAAUGAGCCUAAUGCAAAAAGAGCGAACUAUGAAAGACUUUGCAUUCCACUGUGAUGUUGGAAAAUGAUCUUCUUGGUCAAUGCUAGAUUUUCAUUCAUUUUAAGGGCUAUAUAUGGGAAUCAGCUUGAAAUAAAUGUGCAUGUUUUUUGUAAAACUUUGAAGUUCACCAAAACUAUUUCCUGGAUCUUCCAAAUAAGGGAAAUAAAACUGACUUGCCAUCAA